AGUGGAUCGAGUACCUAGAUAGUCUGAGGCAAAGUGAUUAGGAUGGCGAGUUUAUUUUUUUCUCUCCCUUUGUGGAUAAUUCUGUUUGGGUUAUGGGUGGAAAGCGGUCUUGUUUUUGUUUUACUUUUGCUUUAUUUAGGAUUCGGCUCCGCUGCCCUUGGGCGUCUGUUUGGGUACCGUACAGUCGGGUUUACGGUUCCACGGUCCCACGCGGUGUUGGAUACCGAUACCACGGUCCAGUACAGCACUGUACAGUUCAUUGUAUAACCCCCUUUUUUCCCUAUUUCUUGGGAGUGAUUUGUUUUUCGUGUGUUACUAAUAAAGAGGCCUGCUUCUGGAUUGGGUUGUUGUUAUUAUUCUUGUUACCAGCUCCUUGCUUCAUGUCUUUUGUUUGCGCGGAUACUAAAUACACCAGGUUAGAUCCGGGGGAGUGGGUAAGGGUUCAUUUUUGAUCGUUUACCUAUCGUGCGACUUUGUAGACAGAGGUGUACUUAUUGUUAUAUGGUGUCAAUACCCGUUAUCUUGUUAUCUUUUACCUGUUCCUUGUU